AAAAAAAAAACGCCGGAUUGGUACUCCAAGCUGUCUUCCUUGGCAAGCAGGUGGUAGGUUUCAUACUUCUCUGACCCGAGCUUUUUUUUUCUUUCUCUUGCACAGGAACCGCAAUGCUUCAAUUGAAUAAAAGAUAUCACAUGCAACGGUAUAUUGGUCACUGGUGAGGACCGUGUUCAACAUAAGUAUCCUGUUUCGGGUCUCGAGUCGCGGAGAUUUAACUGUUUUGAUGUCAUCAUCCAACCAGCCAGCCAACCAACUAACGGGAAGUUUGAGGAACAAAGAACGACACGGUCGUAGGGACGGGCUUUUCUUUGUACAAGAAAAAAGCAAUUGAAUCAUGGGUGAAUCAAGAACCGAACUUUUGGCGUGGUUGAACGACUUGUUACAGCUAAACUAUACAAGGGUCGAACAGGCCGGCACAGGUGCCGCAUAUUGUCAAAUUCUGGACUCAAUUUUCGGCGAUGUGUCGAUGAGCAAAGUCAAGUUUGAUACCAAACAUGAAUACGAAUACGUUGCCAACUACAAAGUACUGCAACACUCUUUUGACAAGCACAAAGUGGACAAGCUUAUACCCGUCGAUCGAUUGAUGAAGUGCAAGUUCCAAGAUAAUCUCGAGUUUAUGCAAUGGUUGAAACGAUUCUGGGAUCAAAACUACCCAGGAGGCGUUUAUGAAGCAUUGCAACGUCGUAAGGGUGGUGCUUCCAAGGCAACUACGACGCGUUCAGGCACCUCAACCCCCCGUCGUCCCGCAGUAGCGGCUUCCAGCGGAAUGGCUGCACGUAGCUCUAGUCGCAGUACCAGCCGCAGCACUUCCGGACGCGUAUCAGCCGGCAGCGCCAAUGCCAAUGUACUCGAUAACCACUCUGCGGCCAUGAUCAUUGAUUUGAAUAAACAGAUUGCCGAGCUCAAGGUGAAUGUGGAUGGACUGGAAAAAGAACGCGACUUCUACUUUGGCAAACUGCGCGAUAUUGAGAUCAUUGUUCAAGAGCAUUUGGACGCGGCUGAAGAAGAAGAGGUUCAGAAUGAACAAGAACAUCCCGAAUAUGCCGUGCUCAAGGAUAUUCAGACUAUUCUGUACAGCACAGAGGAUGGAUUCGAAGUGCCACCUGAAGGCGAAGAGGUGAUACAAGGAGAAGAAUAUGAUGAUGAGACCUUCUAGAAGAUACACUCUUUAUUUUAAGAAACCAUACCAAUGUCAUACAUUACCUAUUUUUGAUAUCCUUCAAUAGAAAAUUUCAUCUCCCACUAACCCUCAAAAAGAAAAAAGGAUGAACAUAAAAAAAAAAUUAACAUUGGGAAAAGGAAAGGCUUUUUUUUAAAAGAAAAAAACAAGUAUAUGCAUUAUGUAAAUCAGAAAGCAAGAGAA